ACCGACGUGCCGACCGGGAUAUAAACCGUACCGCGUGCGUGUUCGAACGUUUCGUGGCAGAUUCCGCGAUUUUAACCGGGAAAAAUUUCGGAUUGUGCGGUCGGGGGUAGGUGAAAGGAGGAGGAAUUUCCACCAAUUGCGGGCGCGCGCGGAUUUUUACUUAGUGUUUGAAGCCUUUUUUUUUGUUUCGUUUGACGGGCGGAAAUUCGGUCAACUUGCGGGAGGUAUGCGAAAUUUUUGGCAAAUUCGCGGUCAAUCGAUCGGCGUGCGUAAUGUGCGCUAGUGUAGUUGAGUUAAGGGUGUGGGUGUGAGUUUCUUUUUCUGCUGGUGUGCCCAUUUAGGCAACUCACACACAAGUGGCGUGGCAAUUUUUGGGGCUCGCGCGACGAAUAUUCGUGUUCUGGGUGAUGUGGGCACGUGGUGGCCCACCAGGCCAGUGGCUGAAAAUUGAUUAUUAAUAGAGGAAAAGCCAAUCUACCGUGGCGCGUAUUUUCCCUGGGAGGGGCUAGAGCGUGCCAGAGUGAAAAGUCAAAGGGAGGGAAAAUGUGAAAAAUAUUGCGGUCAUUUAGUGGCAUGGCGAAUUUUCGCUGGUGUUGUUUUGGUUUUGCCCAGGGCUGCCAGUUUGACGGGUUUGGCCACCCGAGUAUAUCGCUAGACAUAAAUAAAAAUAUUUGCCUGUGGUCGUCGUCGCUGUUGCCAACUUGGAACGUGACCGGAUUGUCCAAAGAGCCGGCUGGUCUCGACGAGGAUCAUAAAAAAUAAUAAUAACCAGAGAGGAGCAAAAUAAACGAAACUUCACGAACUUGUUAAAUAACGAAGGCGAAAAAAAACGUGAUUUUGUGACAGUGGUGCCAUUUUCUCCCUCCAAUCCGGAAAAGAAGGAGAUCAAAUCAAAGCCCUGGAGGCCGAAAAAGCGCCAGCAAAAUUACCAGCUGUCGAUACCACCGAAAUCGAGUUGUUGGCACCUUGUCUUCGCCAACGCGAGGAUAACUGAAGGGACCCCCGCUCGGAGUUCAAAUACUGCCCCAGGUACCCCGGGGGAAAUCGAAAUCCUGCCAAUUGGCAGCAACGGACCAGAACCCUGACCCCCCUCCCACCGCAGGUGGCCCGUCAAAACGGUGGAAAAAUAAGCGAGUUAACCGGGUGCCACCAGGACUGUGCCACGCCAGCUGAAAGCAACAUAAAUUAGAAACGACGAUAAAUUUUCCGAGACUUGCCCGACAGAAAAAAAAAGUCAAGUCAAGAAGGGGUGUGUGGAAAAUUUGGGGGAAAAACUCCCAGACCCAGGUGAAAAUCGUCAAGUGGUUUUUCGUUUUCCCGCCAAAUAAAAAGAAAAGGGAAAACUCCCCCGAAUAAAUAUUUUUCCAAACGAUCGACAAACGAUGAGGGAAAUGACGUUCGGGGUGAAAGUCGAGUGAAAUUCUUGAGGGGGAGGCGAGGAAAGGCAAGAAAGUGUUUAUCUCGAUUUGCCAGGGACCGGGCAAAGUUUGCCCACGCCGGAAAGGUGACGCGGGGUUUUUUUUUUUGUUUCGAGUGAAAAAAUAAGAAAAUACGAAAAGAAAAGCUGAGCGCGAGGAGGGGAAGAAAAGAAAUGGAGAACUAAGUGAAAAGUGCUUUGUGACAAAUGUCAUUGUGACCCAUUUCAAGUAUCAAUUUGUUUUUCGAUUUGCAUACUCACUUGCCAAAGGACGCAGGAGUUAGGCUUGAAGGAAAAGGAUUUCUGGCCGGGACCAGCGGCUUCCUGAAAAGGGGCAAAAACGAGGUUGGUCUUCAUACUCCAGUUAAAAUUUAAAAAAACUCCAUCGAAAUCGUCCUCUUCCGCAAUUUAUUUGUCACGAACAGUGUUGCUGACAUUAGUCCGUGCGAGUUUAAAUCAAGCUCCGAGAUUAUCAUAAAAGCUUAGAGAGAUAAAGCGUCGCCUAUGUCUGUGCGAGCAAGAAUGUCUGCCAGAGUGGAGUGUGAACAUAGGCUGCGAACUGAAUAAUGAUGAUCUGAGUGCCACAAAUCCUGCCACUGUAGGACAAAGCUUGAUCCAAUUAGAAGGACGUUUCAACCCCCGGGAACAACGAGUUCGACGACGAAAACGACAAUCACUGACGGUCAGUUCACUUCCUCGGUCACCACCACUGUCGGAACCACCGGAUCACCGGACCUUGCCCACCGGAAGCACCACCACCAGAUCCGCCGGCACCACCACCCGGGGUGGACGGGGCGGCUGGGUGGGGGCCAUGCGUCGCCGGAAGCCAGUCGAGGGCUUCCUGCUGCGGUGCUGCGGCGUCUUCGCGUUCUUCUUCUGGACGGUACUGGUCCACCAGAUCUCGACAUGCCUGGCGAUCCAGCUCGAGGAGCGGAUGGAGAUCGUGCGGAAAGUGCUCAAGGAAGUGCCUUUGAUCGACGGCCACAACGACCUGCCGUGGAACAUCCGGAAGUUUCUCAAGAACCAGCUGCGGGAGUUCCGGUUCGGCGAGGACCUCCGCGAUAUUACGCCCUGGUCGACGAGUGCCUGGAGCCACACCGACCUGCGCCGGCUGAAGGAGGGCAUGGUCGCAGCCCAGUUCUGGUCAGCGUAUGCGCCCUGCUCGUCACAGCACUUGGACGCCGUGCAGCUGACCUUAGAGCAGAUAGACUUAAUACGCAGAUUAGUGAACCUGUACCCGCAGCACAUGGCCCUGGUGACGACGGCGGACGGCAUCGAGGAGAGCCACCGCUCCGGCAAGCUGGCCAGCCUGAUCGGCAUCGAGGGCGGCCACUCGAUCGGCACCAGCCUCGGCGUGCUGCGGACCUUCUACCAGCUGGGUGCGCGCUAUCUCACCCUAACGCACACGUGCAACACGCCGUGGGCGGACUGCUGCAAAGUUGAUGAACCGGGCCGGGUGCCCCACAUCGGCGGCCUGUCCCACUUUGGCACGCUGGUGGUCACCGAGAUGAACCGGCUCGGGAUGAUCGUGGACCUGUCGCACGUGUCAGUGCCCACGAUGCUGGACGCGUUGGCCACCUCCAAGGCGCCGGUCAUCUUUUCCCACUCGUCGGCCCACGCCAUCUGCAACAGUUCGCGGAACGUGCCCGACCACGUGCUGAAACGAUUGUCGGCCAACGGUGGUCUGGUGAUGGUUGCAUUCUACCCACAUUUCGUUAGUUGUGGCGAGAAGGCAACCCUCAAGGAUGUUGUCGCGCACAUUAAUCAUAUCCGGGACGUAGCCGGUGUGGACCACGUCGGGAUCGGUGCCGGGUACGAUGGCGUUAAUCUGGUGCCCCAGGGCCUCGAGGACGUCUCCCGGUACCCGUACCUGUUCGCCGAGCUGCUCGUGUCCGAAAAGUGGACCGAGGAGGACAUCGCCAAACUGGCGGGGAGAAAUUUAAUUAGAGUUUUCAAACAAGUCGAGCAGGUGCGAGACCAGCUCGAAGCCCAGGGCAUGCUGCCGAUCGAUCAGUCAAUCCCACCGGAGGACAUCCUUGGGAGAUCCUACUGCCGUUACUCGGGACCACGGACGUGACGCAAGCGAAGUUACGAUCCGUAAAACCAAUCAAAAGCAAGAAGAAGGCACAAGUAUUCACACCGAACCGACCGACCAGAGUGUAUUUUGUCCCCAUUUGCCCCCAAAACAGAAAAGAAUGAUUGUGUUGCGUGAGAGACGUUCAAACUGGAGCGCAUGAAAGCCUGAGAGUUACCAGAGUCUAACAAUCAAAGUUGUUUUAAGUUGAGGUUAAGAGGUGGUGACGGCACGAUAGCUUAGGACAGUCAAAAACAAAUAAAAACGAGUUCGCAUAUCAUGAGAUAACAGAGGAGAGUGCAGAUUGCAAACAAAAACACAGAAAAUCUACCGAAUUUCCCAGAAAAACCAAAAACCUUAAACGUAUAUUUUUUUAACCGAUGAUAGCAAACCAAUCAUUAUUGCAUCGAAAAAAAAAACAACAAAAAAUCAUCAUUUUCGCAAGUGGAACAAAAUCCAUAAAUUACACCUAGCGGUACCAUGUGGCUGCAGAAAAUACUAUCGUCCAUGAAUUCAAGCAAAUCGAAACAUGGAGGAACGAAAAUAAAUUCUAAACGAAACUGUUUUAGGCUAAUUUGUAAAGAGAUAAAAGAAAGUAAAACUAUCGUCAUUAUCUGUGUAGAGAAAAUAAAAUGUUAAAUAUUGGACAUAAAUUGAAGGAAAAAAAACCUGAAAUAAACAAGAAUUUGGACGAAAAUGAACCAAGCUAUUGAGUGAUGACCAUGAAUGCACACAAAUUUUGACACUUUUUUAAACCUUGAAAAUACUCAUCAAAGUUUGACAUGACGCCGUCUGCAAUAAAUUAUGCCUCCAUUUUGAAAUUUCGUUUCUGUCGUAAUUUUUAUUAUGUUUUUUAAAAUGAUUUUGCUAUUCUUUUCAUAGAAUGAAUAUUAAAAUUUAGAGUGACUUGAUUUUUUGUAAUUGAUAAUUUUAGUAAUUUUCGAAAUCUGAUAUUUUUUAGAUGAUAAGGUGACUUGAAGAUGAUUAACAUUUUACGGGAUUUCCAAAUUAAACAUUUUUGCUACCAAUUGUUCAUGUGGCUGGACAUAACUUACAAAGAACCUAAAAAAACAUUUGAAUAUUUUUUUUUUAUCAUGUCAUAUAAAAUUUUCAAUUAGCCCUUAUCAACUAGUUAUUUUGACCAUCAUUAUUUUUUAACCUGAUUAUCAAUCAUCUAAACUUAAAAAAAAUCUAAUGAAUCAUUUUAAAAAUAGACAGUUUAAGAAAUUAGAAAAAUGAUUUUUUUUAAUUAUCUGCCAAAAAAACACCAAUGAGUUGUUCAUUUGAUUUCGCAACUUGAUUUUUCUUUGUUUUUUUUUUAUUUGGAUGAACAUUUGUCCAUGCAUUCCCUAUGCCAAAAGAAGCAAUUUUGAAUCAUUAGAACAAUGUUGGGUCUGGUCAUAAAAAAGCGUAAGUAAAUGAAUGAAAUUCUGUAUCUUGAGAAGAGAGAUUUUUUGAUCGAUUUAUUGUCUUCGGCAAAGUGGUUGGACUUUUAGGACUUUUCGGAAAAUAGGUACCUACACAAAAAAAACGAUGUUUUCAAUUAUUUUUUAUAAAAUUCUAGUCUGACCUGAUAAACAGCGUAAAUUAACAAGUUGUCGUAUCCAAUAAACCAAUCAAUUACAAAUAAAAUGGUGCAAAAUCUGAUUUUGGGGAUGUGAUUUUUUGAGAAAAUCAUGUUUUUUUAAUUGAAAGCCUGAGAAAAAAAAAUGUAUCAUUUUUUGAAGCAAAAUCAAACCUGUAAUUUUCAAAAUCUGAUAUUUUUCAGAUGCUAAGGUGACUUAAUGAUGAUUAACAUUUUAUGGAAUUUACAAAUUAAACAUUUUUGCUAUCAAUUGUUCAUGUGGCUGGACAGAACUUACAAAGAACCUACAGAAACAUUUAAAUUAUUUUUUUUAUUAUGUCAUAUCAAAUUUUCAAUUAGCCCUUAUCAACCAGUAAUUUUGACCAUCAUUAUUUUUUAACCUGAUUAUCAAUCAUCUCAACUUAAAAAAAAUUAGAUGAAUCAUUUUUAAAAUAAACAGUAUAAGAAAUGAGAAAAAUGAAUUUCAUUUUUUAAUUAUCUGUUAAAAAAAUACCAAUGAGUUGUUCAUUUGAUUUCGCAACUUGAUUUUUCUUUGCUUUUUUUUUAUUUGGAUGAACAUUUGUCCAUGCAUUCCCUAUGCCAAAAGAAGCAAUUUUGCAUCAUUAGUACAAUGUUGGGUCUGGUCAUCAAAAUGAGUAAGUAAAUGAAUGAAAUUCUGUAUCUUGAGAAGAGAGAUUUUUUGAUCGAUUUAUUGUCUUCGGCAAAGUGGUUGGACUUUUAGGACUUUUCGGAAAAUAGGUACCUACACGAAAAAAAACGAUGUUUUCAAUUAUUUUUUAUAAAAUUCUAGUCUGACCUGAUAAACAGUGUAAAUUAACAAGUUGUCGUAUCCAAUAAACCAAUCAAUUACAAAUAAAAUGGUGCAAAAUCUGAUAUUGGGGAUGUGAUUUUUUGAGAAAAUCAUGUUUUUUUUAAUUGAAAGCCUGAGAAAAAAAAAUUGUAUCAUUUUUUGAAGCAAAAUCAAACCUGCAAUCGGAUAAAAAGUUUAUUACAUUUUUGAUAAAAAAUACCGUUUUCAAGUCAUAGCUUCUUUUAUGUAUUUUUUGUAUAUAUUAUAAAAAUACUUCUUGAAAAAAACACCCCCCGAAAAAAAUAUUUCUGGGAGGUUGAGCAUUUUUCUUUGAAACUAUUAAAAUCUUAUUAAAAGUUCGAAUCGAUGAAAAUUACUUUGUCUAAGUAAUACCUAAUAAUCCUGUAACGUUCAUCUGACGAUAUCUCGGAAAGUAUUGCUCCGAUUUGCAAUGUUUUAAAAACAUUUUUUUUUAAAUUUUCUGAUCUUUUCAAUACAAAUCCAACACAUAAAAGUGAAAUUUGUAAAUCAUGAAAAAAAGGUUUUCAAAUUGAAUAUUGGAUUUCAAUUGCCGAGAAAUCGUCAGUUGAUAAAUAGUCACUUGACUGAUAUCUUAAAAUAUAAUUAAUAUUCAUGUAUUCAAUAAUAUUUUUUCAUAAAACUUUUGGCCAUUGCAAAUAUUUUUCUAAGUUUAUGACUUAUCACCAAACAGAUUUGCUGAAAACAUCAAUCUUAACAAUUUUUUCAAGACACAGAUUUUCGAAUAUUUACAGGAACUCGACUUUGGCCAUUGCACUGGUUUCAACACUAGGAUAUUUUUUUUUAAUUAAUUUUUCAUCAGUCUUGUUGUUUUGCAAUCACUAAUUUCCUAAUUUCUAACUUUUGGGUACAUUUCAGAAUGUUGUCGGCUGAUAAGACUUCUAUUUUCAUUGCAAUUUAGAAGUGUGUUUUUUUUUCUUUAUUCAUAUUAAUAAAAUUAAAGUAUAACCCCUCAUUUAUCAGGCUGUUUCUGAAAAGGGGUAUGCGAAAUAUUUUUCAAAACAUUUGCAACGGCCUUACAGUUCUCGAGAAAAUGCUCAAAGUCUGUCACAUCCAACUUUUUUCAGCUCCAUUUUUUUUUUCAUUUGAAAAUGCUUCCCGAGCAAACGGAAAUAACUUGGGAAUAACAUUUUUUGAUAUUUGAAAUACUAGGCAAAUAAUAUUUGAUGUUAUUCAUAACAAGAUUUUUUAUUCGUAGUUAUGAAUUUUUUGUUAUUGGAUUGUUAUUGUAAUAAGAGGUUAAUAAAAUUUUUAGUUAUUCUUCGACCAAAUCUUUGUUAUUAUUUUUUGUUAUUUCAACAAUUAAUCCGAUCAUUCCAAUAACAGUUGGAGGUAUUCUUCCAUAGCAAAAAUUGUUAUUCCCAAGAUGUUUUAGCUUUAAACUAAUAUCAGACCAAUAACAAAUUUUGUUAUGAUAACAUAAACUGAUAUUAAACUCUUAUGCAAAAAUGCAUUUUGCAAGAAUACUCCAUAACACUUUUUGUUAUUUUAACAGUAUUUGUUAUUGAAAUGGCAUGAAUUUAGUUAUUACCGUCUGUUCGGGUUUUAUUUCUAGCUUUUAAAUUAAUGCAUUAAUAAAGAAAAUUUAGCUUUUUUUUGCAUUCGAACUAAAUUAAUCUAAUCGUGAUUUUUUUUUAUUAAAUAUUUUUUUCAUGAUUUUGUUAAUCCAAUUCAACGUCUUCCAUUAAAAAUAUUUCGCCUUUUUGUGUUUUUUCAUAAUUAUUGAUUUGCUUUCCGUUUUUUUUUCAAUUUGCUUUUCACGUACAUUAAAUGUUAGUGCAAGGCAUUGUAGAAAUACUUCAUGCUUAUUUGAUCAUAAAAAUGAACGAAACACGCAAACGCAAAAAUGCUCGAUACGAAAUUAAAAAAUUUACGUUAUCUUUUUCUUGUCAUUAUCACCACAUUUUUUUUUAAUCAUUCAGGCCUGAAAGGGUCAUGUUACAAUUAUUAUAAAUCGACAAUUAAAGCAUUAUUUUCUACUGUACUUUGAAGGAUCUAAAAAAUAUAUAAUUCGUGUUAUUUUGGAAAAUAUAAGCUUUGUGUUUCUUUUUCAUCAACCUUUGAAAAUUGUGUUACUCAAUGCUUCAUGAUUUUUAUUAAAGAUGAGGACCUUAGCAUCGAUUUUUGAACUCAAACAAAACAAAAA